AAAGUGGGGGUGCUGAUGGCCUCUCGAUUGGACUCCCCGUUCGAUUUAGAGCGCUGUGGCCCAGCCGUGGACUUGGCCUUGGACAAAAUUAACAAGAAGUUCCUCGCUCAUCACAAUGUUGAACUGCAAAAGGUUCAGGGCAGUUAUCCAACGUGCUCGGGGGCGAUUGCCCCGGGCUUGGCGGCCGAUAUGCAUUUCAAAGACGACGUGAUCGCCUUCGUGGGUCCUGCCUGCGCUUUCGCCUUGGAACCCGUCGCGCGCCUCGCAGCCUAUUGGAAUACCCCCAUAAUCACUGGCAUGGGGGAUCAGCCUCCAUCGGAAGGCGAGUUGUCUGCCCCAGCGAGUGUUGUCAGUCGCAUGCAUAAACUGAGGAAUCUGCGAAAGGACACCCAGCCUCAAACAUUAUUCAACGAUAAGGGCAAGUAUCCUACGCUGACACGGAUGUCCUACUGCCAAUGUCGGCUGCCUCGCGUCUUCACCAGUGUGUUUGAACGCUUCGGUUGGACCCAUGUCGCCUUGCUGUUGGACAAGUCGGAUUUGUUCUCACUUACUGUUGGUAAGAGCCUUGAGUGGGGUCUAAGGAAAGAAGGUGUGUUGAAGGCUGUUCGGGAACUUGACGGCAAUGAAAGUGAGUCCUGCGAAGCGCUCCUCAAGGACGUCAGUAUGUAUGCAAGAGUUGUUAUACUGAGCGUCCGUGGCUCUCUGGUGAGAGAGUUUCUCCUGGCAGCUCAUUCCCUUGGCAUGACGCGCGGAGAGUGGGCUUUUCUGGAUGUUGAGAUAUUUCAGGGUGGUUACUGGGGUGAGACGGGUUGGGCCGCUGGUGAUGAACGUGAUGCAGCUGCGAGAGCUGCUUACGAGGCUUUGCUGAGGGUGUCUCUGAAGCUACCGACUGGCGAUCGGUUCGAUGACUUCGCAGACACUGUACGGACGCGGGCCAAGGUCCAUUACAACUACACUUUCUCGGAUGGAGAGGAGGUGAAUUUCUUUAUUGGCGCUUUCUACGAUGGAGUGUAUUUAUUGGGUAUGGCGUUAAACGAGACGUUGACUGAAGGCGGUGACAUCAGAAACGGAAGGAACAUCACUAAACGAAUGUGGGGGCGAGAUUUUCAUGGUAUCACCGGUCACGUGCGCAUUGAUUCGGUCGGUGAUCGGGAUGCCGACUACGCCAUAUUUGAUUUGGAUCCAGUUACAGGAAAGUUUGAGGUUGUGGCUUUUUACCACGGAUUGAACAGCAGCUACAAGCAAGUGCGUAUCGAGGCAGAACUGAACAAUACGGCGUGGCGAGUACGACCCGAGGAGGUGCUUGUGGAAGUCGGCACCGGCCUCGGCACCAGCCCAGCUUUGCACAGCAUCAAUGAAGUUCUUAAGUUAUCUCUUGGUUGGAACGCUCGCAGCUCGGGUUCUCUGGGUACACCGGUCACCCUAUCUCCCUUCACAGUUGGCCUUUACAAAGGCAACCGCGUCGCCGUCAAGAAGAUACACAGAAAGAAAUUGGACUUAAACAAGAAGUUACUCUGGGAGAUAAAGCAGGCUCGGAAUGUGUCCCACGAGAACACUGCCCGUUUUAUCGGAGCAUGCGUCGAUUGCCCACUCAUGUUCAUCCUGACGGAGUACUGCCCGAAAGGGUCGCUGAAGGACGUUCUUGCCAACGAAGAGCUGCAAUUAGACUGGAACUUCAGGACUUCGCUAGUCCAUGAUAUUGUGCAGGGUAUGUGCUACUUACAUAGCGGGCUAGGAGCGCACGGUAAGCUGCGUUCCUCAAACUGCCUCAUCGAUGGACGCUUCGUGCUGAAAAUAUCCGACUACGGCUUGAAUACUCUUUGCACGCCCACCGACUUGAUUAAGGACGAUGCCUACUAUUUCAAACUGCUGUGGACUGCUCCCGAGUUGGUAGCUGGUAGCGUGUAUCCAGGAGUGGUGGCGUCGCUAAAAGGCGACGUGUAUAGUUUUGGCAUAAUUCUUGAGGAGAUUGUCUUACGCGCUGGACCAUUUCAUCAUUAUACACCUGCAAUGACGAAUAAAGAAAUAGUAUCCCGUGUUUGUGCACGAGAGUCACCACCCUUCCGCCCAGUUGUGGGAUUAGGAGAAGUGGGUUCAGCGGGUGGUGCUGCGGCAGAACUACUAGAGCUUGCCUCGAGAUGUUGGGCUGACGUACCAGAUGACAGACCUUCGUUUGACACCAUCAACGCUAAUUAUAUCAAAGGGUAUUGCGACAACUUGAUGGAUGAUUUGUUGCGACGUAUGGAGCAGUACGCAAACAAUCUCGAAUCCCUUGUGGAAGAGAAGACUGAACAAUUGUCUUUAGAAAAGAAACGUUCAGAGGAAUUGCUGUAUCAGGUUUUACCAAGGCCUGUAGCUCAACAACUGAUGGCAGGUGAAGUAGUUCAGCCCGAGAGUUUCGAGUGUGUGACCGUAUACUUUAGCGACAUUGUCGGUUUCACCGAGUUGUGCGCUGCCUCCACUCCCAUGCAAGUCGUCGACCUCCUCAACGACCUGUAUAGUACAUUUGAUAGGAUCAUCGGAUUUUAUGACGUGUACAAGGUGGAGACAAUUGGAGAUGCAUACAUGGUGGUAUCAGGUUUACCAGAACGUAAUGGAGAUUUGCAUGCCAGGGAGAUUUGUCUGAUGGCUUUAGCUGUAGUGGAGGCUGUGCGCACUUUUGUGGUGAGGCAUCGACCAACUCAUCGACUUGAGGUGCGUGUAGGCGUACACUCCGGACCUGUGUGUGCAGGAGUCGUUGGGGUGAAGAUGCCACACUAUUGUCUAUUCGGUGACACUGUGAAUACAGCUAGCAGAAUGGAAUCUACUGGACAUCCACUGAGAAUACACCUAAGCGAGAACACACGGGCUCUUUUGGACCAAUGGGGUACCUUUGUGGUCGAGAGGCGUGGGGAAGUUGAGCUGAAAGGACGCGGACGCAUGCUCACACACUGGCUGCUUCAUUGUUCGGAGCCUGAAGCUCGUCCGUUGGCUCAGAGUCCACAACCGGCACCACAAUAUCCGAUACUCUUCCCAGCAAUACCACAAACCGCUAUGACUAUACAUACCCCAUAUUUAGUUGUGGAACCACCUACUUUAGCAGCUUAAGAACAAUUUCUUUAUAUGCGCAUUAUUUUCCUUUAUACUGUUUAACUCUCCUCUGUCAAUGUUAUACAUGCCACAAAUGUUCGAGAUAAAUUUUUGCAUAAGUAG